AUGGUUCGUCCUACUUUCGUAAACAUUAAGUUUCCACCUCGACCCGAUCCGAUGAGUCAAGAAUCAUCGACCAAUGGAUCAACGGGCCCUCCACAGCCACCACAAUCGGUCAGAUCAACAUCAAAAGCACCACUACCAAGAUACACAUCAAUCGAUUUGGAAAAUGAAAUUCCAGAAAUGUAUAAUACUUCCCUGAAUCCAGCUAUUCACGACCCAGAUAUGACAAUGUUUUUCAAUAGAAAUGCUCCUCCAUUUCACACAAAUUACGCGAAAAGACACAGUCCACCGCCAAGUUAUUCAUCAAGAUCAAAGCAAGGAAGCAUAUCAUCCACUUCAACUCUCCCUACAAAAGCUCCCGUAUCACGUAAGAACUUUCUUGCCGGACUCUUUUUGUGUGUUUUUAUUGCAGCCCCGAUCAUAUUUCUCAUUGUAUUCUACAUGAUUCCUCGAGUUGUUAUUCUCGACAGACAUGCAAGAUUCUAA